UUCCUGGAAGCCGUAGGGCAGGUAGAAAAUGAAAAUAAGAUAAAUCUCGACCUAGUAUUUGAUGAAAUACCGGAGAUUCAUAAAAAAAUAAAAAAGAUGAAUAAUAAUGUCGAUGAAAUAUUGAAUGCUCCGCAGAUACCGCCUGGCGAUCUGACGGAUCCCUAUCCUCCGGUCACACGGGGAAAUGUUUGUAAAAAAAUGUUGAGACAAAAAAUCCUCGUUGCAUGCAAACCUAUUAUAAUUCCGGAUUAUCCUUCAAGGGAGGCUUUAAAGAUCAAAGGACAACUGGCUAUCCUAAAACGGUUAUAUCCCUCAAAUAAUAUAAUCAAAUUUCACGGGAUUACUGGCGGUGACAGAUACGAGGCAAAGAUUGCCAACUUUUACUUGAGUCGCGACACCUCGCAAAUGAGUCAUGGAAUUCCAAAUUUAGCCACCAUAUUGGCCUUUGAAAAAUUUCCAUAUUUGGGCAUGGACAUGCCGGAUAUCAUCGACCAUGUUCUAGCUGGGAAAAGAGAGACGCUAGAUUUCCCGGACGGACCUCAGGAAAUAGUAGACGGAUUUAAUAACAUUAUUGUGGCAUUGAUCAAAGACUUAUUCAGCGACUUCACAAUGUUAGUUGACCUACACGGAAAAAAUUCAUCCGAAAUUGAACUUAUAACAAAAUCCUCAAACUCUCAAAAUCCAUUUACCGACAUCGGAAUGGCGCCUACUGUGAUUGAUAAUGGAUUUGGUUAA